AUGGGGCUGCCCAAGUUUUAUCUCCUACCUUUGUUGCUUCUGAUUGUUGUUUUUGCAUCGAAGAAAUCUUCAGCUGUUGAAGCAAGGCCACUUUCCAUCUUGCCACAACAAGGACAUGCAAAGGUUUUUUCAACACUUGGAAUUGCUUGCGAGUGCUGUGAUGGAGCUGGAGGUGAAUGCACAAGUACAUGGACUGAGCCUUGCACUAGGCUCAAAUGUCUUCCUUGGAAACAUUAUUAA